AUGACUAAGCAUUUCACUGACAAGCUCAAAUCACUUGGUUUAAAACAACACAUCGAAGAAUUCACGCGCAACGAGGCAAUACUUGAUUUGUUGAUAACUGAUGAUGCUAAAGAAGUAAAUGAUAUUAAACUUUAUAAGCAAUAUAAAGAAGUAUAUACCGAACAUCCGUCUGAUCAUAUUCCUAUUCAUUUCAAAGUGGAAGUACAAACGGCAAGAUACACGAAUGAAAAGUUUAAGAAAGCUAUGGAAGCGGGACUGCUGGUAUCAUCUGAGAAAGGAUAUACUCAAACAGCUCGCUUGUUACUAAACUACGGAGUAGAUAUAGACACAGCUGAUACGUCAGGAGAAACUGCUCUACAUCGAGCCACAAUUAAUGGUAAGACGGACACAGUGAAAUGUCUUCUAGAGAAUGGAUGUGAUGAGGAUAAUGCUAGACAAGAUGGAUGCACAGCGUUAUUGCUGGCUUCUAAGCAUGGGCACAUUGAAAUGGUGGAACUGUUGAUAGAACAGAAAGUUAAAGUAGAAAAACAUAAGGCAUGUGACGUGGAUGCAUCCACAUCAGAUGGAGACACGGCACUAAUGAUCGGUUGUUUUGAAGGUCAUAUUGAGAUAGUACAGCUGUUGAUAACACACAAGGCAGGUGAUAACAAGAAGGAUAAAUUUGGACGAACUGCUUUACACUUUGCUAAACGUGGUGCAGAUAUAAACAGGGAGAAUAAUAAUGGAGACACGGCUUUAGAAAUUGCCCGUCGAGAGGGUUAUAGCGAGAUUGUGAAGGUUUUAGAAGACAGCAUGGAAGAUACACACACUGAGACUGUCAGCAUGGGAGAUACACACACUGAGACUGACAGCAUGGAAGUUACAGACACUGAGACUAACGAUGAAGAAACGUCUUUAUAUACUGCUGAACAAAAUGACUAG